CGUCACUUACCUGAGGUGGCUUGACAACCAAAAUGGCGGCCACAAUGUUGAGGUCGCUUACCAAACUAGGACGUCCUUCAGCAAAAGUAUUAUUAAAUAGUAAUAUUGGGAGCCCUGGUUGCACUGUCCUGCAAAACAGGAAGAAACAAUGGCAGCCAGAUGUGGAGUGGACUGAGCAGUUUGCAGGCGCAGUGAUGUACCCCACUGCUAUGAAUGAGAAAUGGGUACCACCCCCGUGGAAUGACAAAGAUCCUCUGGCACAGAAGGAUGUGUCCAACCUCACCAUCAACUUUGGGCCGCAGCAUCCUGCCGCUCACGGCGUGUUGCGUCUGGUGAUGGAGCUCAGUGGCGAGUCAGUCAAAAAAUGCGACCCUCACAUUGGCCUGCUUCACCGCGGCACAGAGAAACUAAUCGAAUACAAGACUUACCUGCAGGCUCUGCCCUAUUUUGACCGUCUGGACUAUGUUUCCAUGAUGUGUAACGAGGAGGCCUACUCGCUGGCUGUGGAAAGGCUUCUGAACAUCCAAGCACCACCCCGUGCUCAGUGGAUCAGAGUUCUGUAUGGAGAGCUGACCCGCAUCCUCAAUCACAUCAUGGCUGUCACCACUCACGCGCUCGACAUCGGAGCCAUGACCCCCUUCUUCUGGAUGUUCGAGGAGAGAGAGAAGAUGUUUGAGUUCUACGAGAGAGUGUCCGGGGCUAGAAUGCACGCCGCCUACGUCCGGCCUGGUGGCGUUCAUCAGGAUCUUCCUCUGGGCCUGAUGGACGACAUCUACGAGUGGUGCAAGAACUUCUCCAUUCGCAUUGACGAGGUGGAAGAGAUGUUGACCAACAACCGUAUCUGGAAGAAUCGCACUGUGGACAUUGGUGUGGUGACUGCAGAGGAAGCGCUCAACUAUGGCUUCAGCGGAGUGAUGCUGAGAGGUUCUGGCAUCAAGUGGGACCUGCGCAAGUCUCAACCGUACGACAAAUACGACGAGGUGGAGUUUGACGUCCCGAUUGGAAGCAACGGCGACUGCUACGACAGGUAUCUAUGCAGGGUGGAGGAGAUGAGACAGUCCCUGAGGAUCAUGCACCAAGCCCUUAACAAGAUGCCGGAAGGUGAGAUCAAGGUAGACGACGCCAAGGUGGCGCCGCCCAAGAGAUCUGAGAUGAAGAUGUCCAUGGAGUCUUUGAUCCACCACUUUAAGCUGUACACUGAGGGCUACCAGGUGCCUCCAGGGGCCACGUACACCGCUGUGGAGGCCCCCAAGGGAGAGUUUGGUGUUUACUUGGUGUCAGACGGUUCCAGCAGACCCUACCGCUGCAAGAUCAAAGCUCCCGGAUUCGCCCACCUGGCCGGUUUGGACAAAAUGACUACAGGACACAUGCUAGCGGAUGUGGUGGCCAUUAUUGGCACACAGGACAUUGUGUUUGGCGAGGUCGACCGCUAAGUCUGCGUGGUUUUUUUUUUGUUUUUUUUUUUGUUGUAGAGGUUGCGACUUCUCACGGCCACACCUGCUAGUCAGGCUUACUUACCAUCCUUCACGUACACAGGCCUGAUGUUUGCAAUCUGAUGUAUAAUGCCUAAUAAAUAUUCUAUGA